AUGGAGGGAGUGUCGUCAAAUUGGCAAAGUGAGAUGGAGGAGCUGAUCCAAGGUCGUGAAGUUGCCAGUGGUCAACUUAGUAGGGUAAUUAAUCUUCAUAAUAAUAGGUCACUUACUGUUAAUGGUGAUCAUAAUCAUGAUUUGGGAUCGGGCGAUGAUGAAGGUUUUGUUAAUAAGAUGUUGGGGUCAUUUUCGAAUACCCUUUUCAUCGCAAAUGGGAAGGAGAUGAAGGAGUUUCAUCAUCAUGAUGAUCAGGAGCUGAUUUCUGAUCAGAUUAUUCAAGUGAAUACUAGUGGUGGUGGGGGUGGUGGUGGUGGUGCAGGUGCAUCAUCUUGGGAUGUUGAUCAUCUACUUGAUCAUGCUAUUAAGUGUGAAGCUUCUCAUGAGGAGAGUUAUAAGAGUGCUUCGACCUUCUCCACGGAUCGCAGAGGCUCUUACAAGAAAAGGAAGACUUGCCACUCUUGGAUUAAAGACUCUCCUGCUUUCACAGAAGAUGGUCAUGCAUGGAGGAAGUACGGACAAAAACUCAUCCUUAAUGCCAAGCACCCAAGGAACUACUUUAGGUGCACCCACAAAUUCGAUCAAGCAUGCCAAGCAACCAAGCACGUACAACAAGUUGAAGAUGAUCCACCAUUGUUUCGUACCACAUAUUAUGGCAACCACACAUGCAGAGGCUACUUGAAAGCUUCUGAGCUGAUCUUGGAUUGUACAAGCCCUAGAGAGUCUUCAAAGUUCAUCAGAUUUGACGACACCAACCCCUCAAGCAAACAAGAGCACCCCUUUUUCUCGUCGUUUAAAUCGCUAAAAGGAGAAGAAUGUUUCAAGGAAGAGACGAUGCCAAGUGAUUAUAUGACAACCCAGCACCACAACCAAUUAUCAUUGAGUGAUUAUCUUGUAUCACCUCCUGAUCUUCCGGCAUUCGCGUCCCCUGGGCUCAUGAGCGAGUUUGCAUCUGCCAAUAUUGCCCAGCUUGACGAGGAUGCGAUUUAUAGGAAAAUGGCGGGGUUUAAUUAUGAUGACUUCGCAUUUGAUGAGUUUCUGCAACAUGAGUUGAGGUAG